CCCCAACCCCUCUCCAUGUAGCAAACCAAUUCACUCCCACAAGGGAUCAGACCCAACCCAUUUUGUUCUUUGUUUCAAUUCCAUCAUGACGCAUCCCAUUCUGUUGCUUGGAUUUUUGAUAGCAGCAUACUUCAGUGGUUCUCAAGCUAAAAAUCCCCUUUUACAGUAUUGGGAAGAGCAUAUUGGUCUUCCAUACCCUCCGCAUUGGUUAGCUGCAAAGGCUUCUCCAUUGAACCCACAUCAGGCAGCAGUGUUUAUGAAACUUAUGGAGGAAAAUGAAUUUGCUUCCCACCUGCGUUUCUUUUGUAUGAAAGCUAAUGUUGCUUGUUCUACAAACGCAGUGGUGAAGAGCAAAACCAAUGACAAAACCUUGCCACCAGUAGCCCAGUGGAAUUCUGUCAAACUCAAAUAUGAUAUAAAAUAUAAGGAAACAAUACCCCUAUCAGUUGCCAGCCAAGGGGGAUUGCCAUAUUUUCGGAAAUCAAUGGUGAAAGAGGGAGGUUUCAUGCCUAUCCCUGAUCUAAGGGAACCAAUGUCAUAUAAAUCAUUUUUGCCGCAAACUCUAGCAUCAAAAAUCCCUUUUUCUUUUGCCCAGAUCAUGGAAUUGAAGAAGCUUUUUGGUGUGGAGGAUGGAUCAAAGAUGGAAAAGUAUAUUCAAGACAGCCUCGAGGUAUGUGAGAAAAAAUCUAUUCCAGGCGAGCAGCGUACCUGUGUGACUUCCGCCGAAGAUCUCAUUGAUUUUGUUGUCAAGACAUUAGGGCAUCAGGUUCGCGUAUGGAGUACUGAUAACAUCGAAGGAUCAUAUGAGAAUGUCACAAUUGGAACUGUGAAACUCGUCUAUGGAAACCUCUCUGAAUCACCAGCCUUAUGUCAUAGUCUUCCAUUCCUAUUUCAAGUCUAUUAUUGCCAUAUUUUACUGAAAGUAAAAGUAUAUGCAGUUGAUAUACAUGCUCAGAAGAAUAUGAAUCAGGUGAUCAUGGCAUGCCAUUAUGAUACAUCAACUUGGAACCCAAACCAUCUUGCUUUUAAGCUGUUGGGUUCUAGUCCAGGCCUAAUUGAAGUGUGUCAUUGGAUAAGCGAGAAUGGAUUGAUCUGGACAAAGACUCUAGGUUGAGCAGCAUUUGAAGAUUUGAUUAUCUUCUAGUUCUCCUAUUUGUGUUACAUUAUGCUACUACUUAUGCUAUUGAAGGAAAAAUAAUUGACUUAAUU